AUGAUUGUAGUUAUUUACGACGCGUUUCGUCAGCACAGUGACAUCAUCAGGUCUGUCGACACUUCAAAAAUUGACAGUGUUAGCGCUGUAAUUGAGACUGAUGAAACUGUAAUACAUCUUCCUUCAGAAGACCAUUCUACUUUAAUUGACCAUUCUAACAGUUCAGUGAACCUUGUGACUCCUGCUGUUGGUGAUCUGAAUAUAGGCCUAGACAAGCAUUUUCCACCAUUGCCGACAAAGACAAAGGUCAGUGCUCGGGCUUCUCCUUCUACUGAUAACUGGCAGACACAUGUAUCCCGAAGGAACAGACGCAAGUCCCAUAGGCUUGUACCAAUUAUAGGCACCAAGUCUGUGGAUGUAGGUUCUGUCGCUAAAACUAAGGUUAAAGCCGUUGAAAAAAAGACGUGGAUCUUCCUAUCUCGUAUAGCCAAUGAUGUAACCAAGGAAGAUAUUGAUAAUUACAUCUCUGAUGAUGGAAUUUCAGUUUAUUUAACUUCCCUGGGGUUAGAUAUUAUAAUCGGCACUGACCACAAUGUGAAUAUACUCAACCAUCCAAGUGAGGCCAGUGAUUUCAGGAACAUUCUCCGCAGCCAUGAUAUAUUCUUCAGUGUCAAUGAACCAACCCGUGGUCUAUCUCCUUUAGACACUGUUCUUACCAAUCUUGAUAGCUGGAGAUACAUGGCCCAUGUAAGUGUAGAUCAGAUAUCUGACCACAAACAUGUUUUUUUUAAACUAGAUCUACCUGAAGGUGUAUCCAAACAUGGUCUGCAGGAACCUGACUACUUAAAUAAUCCUGUCAAAACUGUAACUUACAGACAAUUUAAUGAAAGUAACUACUGUUACUUUCAAUGUGUAUUGACUGAUCUGGCAGUAAAGUGGCUCUCUGAAAUAGAAUCAUUUAAUGCUGAACAAUCCUUUGACUAUUUCUUUGAUAAGUUCAGAAAAGUUUUUGACUAUUGUUUUCCCUUAAGAAAUAAAACCUACAGGACUGUGCCUCCAGCCAAUGCAAAUGCUGGGUGCAGUGUAAACAACUGGUACACACCUGAACUCUCUGCCUUUAAGAACUUUAUCCUAGGUAUCAGUGACUUAUGCAAGAGUAACCCACAAUUGCUGCCCUACCUCCGUGAUCUCAGGAAGCAUUAUCGUUUGAAGGUAAGGGAGGCGAAGCAAUUUGCUACUGCUACUGCCAUUGCUACAUCUCCAAAUGCAUGCAAGGCUGCCUGGAACUACAUCAAUAGGCAUAAAACCCCCACUACUGUUCCUGCUAAAGACUUUUGCACUGCUGAUGAGUUUAAUUCAUAUUUUCUUGAUUCUGUUGAUGAAUUAAUCCUCUCUUGUAAACCUGAUCCAUCUGUUCCUUAUGAUUGCCUUAAUUCUGUUCCAUUUGUUCCCACUAAUUUUUCAUGGACACCUGUUACUGUUGAUAAGCUGCUUAGAGUAGUCAGUAGCUUUAAAUCCUCUAAGAGUCAAGAUUUUUAUAACAUGUCUGUUGAGCUUUUAAAAAGAUGUAUCUAUGUAGUUGCGCCAAUCAUUGUAGAUAUUGUAAAUAAAUCUCUGAGAGAAGGAGUCUUUCCUGAGGCUCUGAAGAUUAGUAGGACUGUACCUGUGUACAAAAAGGGACCAAAGGACAGUACUGUAAGUUACAGACCAAUAUCUAUCAUCCCCAUCUUUGGUAAGGUGCUUGAAGCAGUCAUGUUAGAGCAGCUGUACAGCUACUUUGAGAGGCAUCGCCUUAUUGUGCCCGCUCAAUUUGGCUUCCAAAAAGGAAAGUCCACCGUUCAGGCUGUGGACUGUCUUGUUCAAGAAAUCUUAAAUGGUCUAGAGAUUAGAAAUUCUACUUCCGUUAUAAUGUGUGACCUAUCCCGCGCUUUUGACUGUGUGUCACAUAGUCUCCUGUUGUCAAAGCUCGAAAGGUACGGGGUACGAGGCGAUGCUCUCUCACUGAUUAAAUCUUAUCUUGAAGGGAGGUCUCAAGUUGUGACUUGGAAUGGUAACUCUUCCAGUCCUCUGAUGGUGAACAAUGGAGUCCCGCAAGGGUCUAUUAUGGGUCCCUUCCUUUUUGUAAUCUCAAUCAAUGACUUGUAUCACAGUGUUGCAGGCAAUGUCCUGCUAUAUGCAGAUGAUACAACUCUCUUUUCUAGUCACUCAGAUUUUUCUGUAUCUAAAGUUGCUGUGCAGGAAUUAUUAGAUGUAGCUUCUAUCUGGUUUCGCAACAAUAAAUUAUGCCUGAACCAAGCCAAAACUCAAAACAUCACUUUCAGUCUUUCUAGGGAACUGAGGAAAGAAAACACUGUAAAGCUGCUGGGCUUCACCCUUGACCCUCAGCUUGAUUGGAAUGAUCAUAUUGAAAUCCUGUGUGGUAAGCUAAGUCGUGUAAUCCAUUUGCUCAGACGGUUGAAGGCUGACAUGCCAUUUGAAUUUGUUCGACUUGCGUACUUAGCUUUUUUCCAUGCUCAUAUUCUGUAUGGCACUAGGCUCUGGGGUCACUCCCCUGGAGUGCAAAAAGUCCUCAAACUACAGAAGAAAGCUGUCAGGGUCUUGUGUGGAGUCCAUCAGCUUGAGCAUUGUAAACCUCUGUUUGUUCAGCAUGGAAUAAGGUUCUACAAUGCCUUACCCAUAACUGUAAGACAACUCUUACCGAACAAGUUUGCGACCACACUAAAAGCUUGGAUGCUUGCCAAUCCUUUCUAUUCCAUAAAAGAGUUUUGGAAUGCACAGCUUGUUACUAUUGGGUUGAACCCACAGUAG